AUGGUGUCGUUUGCUGGGACAAAUAUCAGUUUGUCCCAGCCGGAUAUCACGCAGAAACUAACGGAGCGCGUAGACGACCUGAAGCAAAAGAUCGCUGCUUGGGGGAAGCGGAUUCGCCGAUUUACCGAGAGGUCAAGGCGGUUCAACCAGAAUCGUUUCUUCCAGAGUGAUCAGAAGAGGCUCUAUAAAUCAUUGGAGCGACCAGAGGUAUAUGGAGCGGGCCCAGGACCGGAUCAGGCUAACACUGUCGCAUUUUGGCGUGGCCUGUGGUCAGAGCCCGUAAACCACAGCGAGGGCCCUUGGACGGAAGUUGUGGCGAGUCAGUGUGCGAGUAUUACGCCCAUGGACCCCGUCAUCAGAACGCCGGAUGACGUAGCUGAGGCGGUCCGUAGAGCCCCGAACUGGAAAAGUCCGGGACUCGACGGGCUGCAUCACUACUGGCUGAAGGGGUUCAUGGUGUGCCACGCUGUGCUCGCCCGUCAGUUUCAAGAGGCUCUCAACCAGAAGUCGCUCCCUAGCCUCUUCACUACUGGGAUCACUCAUUUGGUUCCUAAAGACAAGGUUACCACAGACCCGAGCAAAUACCGCCCCAUUACGUGUCUACCCACCAUAUAUUACACUAACAUCCAUUUUGAGCGCGAGAAUCACUCGUCACCUGGAGCUAAAUCAGCAAGCUCGAUAUCGGGCGGGGUCGAGCGAGAGGCGGAACCGGAAGCGGAGCCAGCACCCGCGCCCGAGCCUGAGCCCGAGCGCGAGCCCUCGCCUCCGCCGCAGCACGUGGUGCCGGAGCCAAAAACCUAUGCGAACCUGUUGAAGUCCGGCUCGGGUGCGGGGUCGACGAUUACGCGCAGCUCUCCACCUGCUCCUGCUGCCGCCCCCGCUCCCGCGCCCGCCCCCGCCCCCGCCCCCGCUGCGGCGCCCGCUGUCGCCGCCGCCCACGCCCCCGCGCCCGCCCCGCAGGAACAGCGUCCGCGCCCUCCACGAGUGCAGCAGCCGCCAGCGGAUGGUGGGCGACGGUACUCGGACGCGCAGCAGCUGUUCCUGGGCAACCUGCCGCACUCGGCCACGGAGGAAGAGCUGCGCGCGCUGUUCGCGCGCUUCGGGCCCGUGGCCGAGCUGCGCGUGCAUAGCAAGCCGGCCGCGCCCGGCGCGCCGCGCCACCCCAACUACGGCUUCAUCACUUACGAGACCGCGCAGGCCGCGCACGAAUGCCUCAACGCGGCGCCGCUGUACUACCCCGCGGACAGUCCGGAGGGCACGGGCGUGAAGCUGAACGUGGAGGAGAAGAAGACGCGGGGACGGGAAGCGCCGCGCCGCCGCCCGCUCUCCUCGCACCGCGCCGCCUUCCAGCCGCGCCAGACCUACCGCCGCUAG